UUGCUUCCAUGGGGGAGAGUGACGGCGUGUUUACUUCGCCCGAAGUAGCAAAGGCCUUUGACUUUACAAUGGAAGAAAGAAUAUAUAAAUGGUGGGAGUCUCAAGGCUAUUUCAAGCCAAAUUUGGAGAAAGGAGAUGAUCCAUUUGUAGUCUCAAUGCCACCACCUAAUGUUACUGGUUCAUUGCACAUGGGACACGCAAUGUUUGUAACUCUUGAGGAUAUCAUGGUAAGAUACCACAGAAUGAAAGGAAGACCUACACUCUGGCUUCCUGGAACUGAUCAUGCCGGUAUUGCCACUCAGUUGGUUGUGGAAAAAAUGCUGGCAGCUGAAGGAGUAAAAAGAGUUGAUUUGGGAAGAGAAGAGUUUACAAAACGAGUAUGGGAAUGGAAGGAAAAGUAUGGUGGGACAAUAACAAAUCAGAUCAAGAGACUUGGUGCUUCUUGCGAUUGGACAAGAGAACGGUUUACUCUAGAUGCUCAGCUGAGUCGUAAGGCAUUUCUUCCAGGCUCUUACAUGGUGAACUGGUCACCUAAUCUACAAACUGCAGUUUCGGACCUGGAAGUGGAGUACUCAGAAGAACCAGGUGCUCUUUAUCACAUUAAGUACCGUGUUGCUGGUGGUUCAAGGAGUGACUAUCUAACAAUUGCAACCACAAGGCCAGAGACUUUAUUUGGUGAUACAGCUGUAGCUGUGAACCCCCAGGACGAACGAUAUUCUAAGUACAUUGGAAAGAUGGCUAUUGUACCCAUGACUUUUGGUCGACAUGUGCCCAUUAUUGCUGAUAAGUAUGUGGAUAAAGACUUUGGAACCGGUGUCUUGAAGAUAAGCCCUGGCCAUGAUCACAAUGAUUACCUUCUUGCUCGGAAGCUUGGUCUUCCCAUUCUUAGUGUCAUGAAUAAAGAUGGGACAUUAAAUGAUGUUGCUGGGUUAUACUGUGGUCUUGACCGGUUUGAGGCACGAAAGAAGCUUUGGUCAGCGCUUGAGGAGACAGGAUUAGCUGUCAAAAAGGAGCCUCACACUCUACGAGUUCCAAGAUCUCAGCGAGGUGGAGAGAUAAUAGAGCCCUUAGUAAGCAAACAGUGGUUUGUGACAAUGGAGCCCUUGGCUGAGAAGGCUCUCCAAGCAGUUGAAAAAGGGGAAUUAACUAUCAUGCCUGAAAGAUUCGAGAAGAUAUAUAAUCAUUGGCUGUCAAAUAUCAAGGAUUGGUGUAUAAGCAGACAACUAUGGUGGGGGCAUCGCAUACCAGUUUGGUACAUUGUGGGCAAAGAUUGUGAAGAGGACUACAUAGUUGCUCGGAACACUGAGGAAGCUCUUCAAAAAGCUCAUGAGAAGUAUGGCAAAAAUGUUGAAUUAUAUCAGGACCCCGAUGUUCUUGAUACCUGGUUUUCGAGUGCACUGUGGCCUUUCAGCACUCUUGGUUGGCCGGAUGUGUCAGCAGAAGAUUUUAAGAAGUUUUACCCUACAUCAGUUCUUGAAACCGGGCAUGACAUAUUAUUCUUCUGGGUGGCAAGAAUGGUGAUGAUGGGAAUAGAAUUCACAGGGACAGUUCCAUUUUCAAAUGUUUACCUUCAUGGACUUAUCCGAGAUUCUCAAGGCCGUAAAAUGUCUAAAACCCUAGGGAAUGUUAUAGAUCCACUUGAUACGAUAAAAGAAUAUGGCACUGAUGCUCUGCGUUUCACUCUCUCUCUUGGAACUGCUGGUCAGGAUCUAAAUUUGUCAACUGAGAGGCUGAGUUCUAACAAAGCAUUCACCAAUAAACUGUGGAAUGCCGGCAAGUUUGUAUUGCAGAGCUUGCCUCCACAAAGUGACCUAUCUGCAUGGGAAGCUUUUCAGGAAUUUAAGUUUGAUACAGAUGAGUCACUAUCCAAGCUACCUCUACCAGAAUGCUGGGCGGUAUCAAAACUUCAUUUGCUAAUAGAUGCUGUCACAAUGAGUUACGACAAGUACUUUUUUGGAGACGUUGCAAGAGAAAUAUAUGAUUUCUUUUGGGCUGAUUUUGCUGAUUGGUAUAUCGAAGCAAGUAAAGCUCGACUAUAUCAGUCGGGAGGUGAUUCGGUUGCUCUAAUGGCGCAAGCUGUACUGUUGUAUGUCUUUGAGAAUAUACUAAAAUUACUUCACCCGUUCAUGCCAUUUGUAACUGAAGUGCUUUGGCAGUCCUUACCCAACAGAAAAGAAGCUCUUAUUAUAUCCGCUUGGCCACAUACUUCACUUCCAAGGCAAGCUGAGUCCGUCAAGAAGUUCGAAAAUUUACAGGCUUUGACUAGAGCAAUCCGCAAUGCUCGGGCAGAAUACUCAGUUGAACCAGCUCGGCGUAUAUCUGCGUCUAUUGUUGCAAAUUCAGAAGUCAUCCAAUACAUCUCUAAAGAAAGAGAUGUUUUGGCUCUGCUCUCAAAGCUUGAUUUACAGAACAUCAGUUUUUCCGAAUCUGCACCGGGUGAUGCCAAUCAAUCGGUGCAUCUUGUAGCAAGUGAAGGUUUGGAGGCUUACCUUCCCCUUGCUGACAUGGUCGAUAUCUCUGCUGAAAUUCAGCGGCUUUCAAAGCGCCUUUCUAAGAUCCAAACCGAAUAUGAUGGACUCAUGGCUCGCCUAUGUUCUCCCAGCUUUGUAGAGAAAGCCCCUGAAGAUAUUGUGCUCGGGGUUCGAGAAAAAGCAGCAGAAGCAGAAGAGAAGUUGAAUUUAACAAGAAAUCGACUUGCCUUUCUCCAGUCCAGUGUUUUGGUUUCCAAAUAA